AUGUCUAAAAUCGCAUCUACCUUUUCGCGCCUGGUGCGCUUUGUGCCCAAGUCGAACCCCGCCAAGGUUCUGAUCGGAGAGCCCGUCGAUCCCAAGUUGGAUGUCGGAUUGGCUCUCUACCAGGGCAAGGAUGUUGCCGUGCGCCCGUUCUCUGGUACUUCAGUCCUGAGUCCUGGUAAAGUGACCGAGACAACGGAGACCAUCGCGCGCAUUCUGUCCCCUUUGGCGCAAAGCGAGGUUGGAACUAUUCGCUGUAUUGGCUUGAAUUAUGCCUCCCACGCUAAGGAGAUGGCUCUCCCAACCCCAGAAGUCCCGACCUUGUUUAUGAAACCGGCCAGUUCUCUGGCGGAUCCAUGGCCUGCACCAACAGUUCUGCCUAAGAUUACCCAGCAGGAUAGCACUGGCGACUAUGAGUCUGAGAUGGUUAUUGUCAUUGGCCGUGAUGCUAAGGAUGUGUCUGAGUCCGAGGCCCUCGACUACGUUCUUGGAUACACAGCUGCGAAUGAUGUUUCCAGCCGCACUUCUCAGAUGAAUCAAAGCCAGUGGUCUUUUUCAAAGGGCUUCGAUGGCGCAUGCCCUAUUGGCCCCGUGCUUGUUUCCGCCACCCUCAUCCCUGAUGCCAGCAAGCUCCAAAUUCGCGGUCUUAAGAACGGCAGCGUAAUGCAGAACUGCCCAUUGACUGACCUAAUCUUCAGUGUCCCCCAGCUGAUCAGCUUCCUCUCCCAAGGCACCACUCUGCCUGCCGGUACAAUCAUCUUGACCGGUACCCCACCCGGUGUCGGCGCAGCAAAGAACCCGAAGGAAUUUAUCAAGGCUGGCGAUGAGUUCGCCGUUGAGCUGCUGCCGCACGUUGGAACGCUUAUCAACAAGAUCGAGCACCAGUAA